GUUAGCGUUGUCAUAGCGAUCAUAAGUUGAGCUCUGUCAUAUCACGUCGGUGUCUUUCCUCUUCUCUUACUGCGCGAUUUCUCGAUAUUCUUAUAACAGUUCGAUCAUAAGUCGAUGCGCAACGUUCAUCCGCCACGCGUGCGGCAAUAAACAAGCGAGUAGGCGCGUCCACGGCAUCACAGACGCCACUAGAAGUCGUCGCAAUAGCAAAAGUCAGUCCGAAUUCAGUCAUUGGAUACCGGCAUCACCAGACAGCAACACAACUUGGUGCUUCUUUCCGGACCAUCUGGUAGGCUACAGAUACACGUAAUGAUCGUCGGCCAUGCCAAAACCGCCUUUCUUCUGCGCUAGCCCGAGAAGUAUUCAAACGCUGAAUGCACGAGUAGCCGGCGGAGUGUCUAGAAAGGCGAGUCCGGAGAGAGAAGCAAGGAGCAAGGCGGAGAUGUCUCGCGUCAAGAAGGUCAUUAGUUCGCCGCUCGGCCGCAAACGGCAGAGCGCGGGAGCGAAGCGUAUGUUCGGUCUCCCUCUCGAUGAGGUGAUGCGUGACGCUGCCCCUGGAGCCGUCGUGCCGAGGUUGGUGGUAAAGAUAUGCGAGUUUAUUGAGCAGGAGGGAAUGGAUCUGGAAGGCGUGUUUAGAGUGAGCGGAAACCAGAAGAUUGUUGAGAAACUGAAGGCAGAGUUUGAUACGCGAGGCGAUGCGGAUCUAAUGAUAGUGCAGGACGUAGCAGCCGUGGCGUCUGUCUUGAAGCAUUUUCUGAGAGAGCUGCCGGUCCCUCUCAUUCCUAAUGAGAUGAAACCGCAGUUUCUUGGUGUGUACGCGAAGAAUCAAGACAACCAGGAAGCGUGCGCUAAAGAGCUGGCCACUCUGGUGAGCCAUCUUCCCGCUGCUCAUUUUCAGCUGUUGAAAUACGUCUUGAAGUUUCUUGUCAAAGUCGCGCACAACGAACCUCAAAACAAAAUGGGAAUCAUCCCUCUUGCUAUUGUAUUUGGUCCGAAUAUUUUUAGACUGAGUGAUGGCUUGGCUGCAUUGAAAGAGCAACAAUUUACCAAUGGAGUUGUUGCUGUGUUUUUGCAGCAUUUUGACGUCAUGUUCAAAGAAUUGAAUGAGGAAUCACCGAAGAGUAAGGCAAGAGCUCCGCCAGUCAAACCGUUACCCUUUCGAGAACACGCAAUGGCAAAGAAACAGAACAGAAUGACAAUCUAUGGAGGAAUGGACGAAAAGGAUGGACAUCCUGCUAAUAUGACUAUAUGUGAAGACCGUGCAGACAAUCAUGCAGCAUUGGAAGACGAUGUGUUCGCUAAGACUUUAAAUGAAAAGGAUCUUUUGACAGCAAGAGAAAGAAGGAGGUUGUCAGCAAACCCUCGACCUCUUCCUGAUCCGUCACUGGAUAGGAGAAGACGUUUGAUUGCUCAUCAUCACUAUGAGGAAGUUAUAUUGAAAGACGACGAGACACCAGACGACAAGGAAUCGAUGCCAGCUGUAUAUGCAGUUCCUAACAAGACGAAGAAGACACGUCAAGAAGUGAAAGUUGUCGAAGUUGCUCCUUCAUCAAAUGCUAAAGCUAGCCUAUCGUCUCAGCCAGAAGCUUCUUCAUCCGCUGGUCUAACAGAAGUGAACAUGUUUCAUUUCAACACUGUGAAUGGUUUCAAUGGCAUUGAGGAAGAAGACAGGAUGAGAUCAGCAUCUCCUUGGUCUGUCAGCAGUGAUGCUGUCUCUCCUCUGCCUACAACUCCUCGUCAAUCGCAAUUGGGAGGUGUUGUUCAUGCUACUGUUAUGAGACAUUUGUUUGGUCCAUGUGUUCACAACUUGAGUGAAGAUGCGGCUGGUUACUGCAAUGGUGACAUUGAGUUGAAGUCUGAAGAAUUGGAGGUAUCGAGGAGAACAGAUGAAGGAGCCACCAACUCACAACAGCAUGAUGUAAAAAGUCACGUUGCGGAUUGGGAAGAACGAAUAGUUCGGUCACAAGGCUUGACUCUGCCAUCCGACGUGGUAUCAGACGACUCCCCAGUAUCACGAGACACAAGAAAAAACCCAAAGAGAAAGAAACCCGACUCCAAAGCGUUUGAACUCUUCGAAAACAGCGGCAGACUUCUCCACUUUCGCCCACCUCCUGACGACACACCGGAGUCAGUCACCUCACAAGUCAAAUCCACAAAGACCGACAAACCGGCGGUUCUUCCCAAACCGUCGAAAUCACAGAGAGUCGACGUUCGGUCGAACGACCGGUCGCUUGCCGCCGCAGCGGCGUCCGAUCAACUGGACGAGUUCGACUCGGUCGAGCGACAUUCGACCACCGGCAUGUUGACUUCACUGACGUCCCGCCGUCCGGCCGCACCGCGAAACCGACGACGUCCGUCACACGUUCGACACGAGGACGACAAGAUCGUCGUCACAGACUUCGACGGUCAUUCUCCUCCCGUUUUUUCGGACGCUCGGCGUCCCGCCGCGGUGCCGCCGCUCGAUCUAUCGAAGCUCGGCAAGAGCUCGGGGACGACGCAGCGUGGCGGCAAUACGAAAGUGACGGCGUGGAGUUCGGAGGAACGUCAGGAAGAGGCGGAAGAAAAAGCGACGGAGGAUACCGUGCAGGCGUUCUGUCCGUCGCCGGAGGUACCUCAUCGCGAGGCCCAAACAACAAACGGAGGAACCCAAAAAUUAGACUGUCGUGAGGCCCAAACGACAGGCCGUCGUGAGGCCGUAACAACAGACCGUCUUGAGGCUCAAACUACAAACGGAGGAACACAAACAACGGGCCGUCGUGAGGCCCAAACAACAGGCCGUCGCGAGGCCGAAACAACAGACCGUCGUGAGGCCCAAACAACAAACGGAGGAACCCAAAGAACAGACCGUCGUGAGGCCCAGACAACAGACCGUCGUGAGGCCCAAACAACAGGCCGUCGUGAGGCCCUAACAACAGACGGAGGAAAUCGGUCGAGGGAUGCCCGUAAGGGAGUCGAUCAUCAAUCACAUCGUGUAGACUCGCAAGUGGAACAAAUUGGAAAUUUAUCAAUCAGUGACGUCACAGCUAAUGAUGCGGAGUGUAGAAAUUUGAAAUCAGGCGAGGGAGGUGAGACGACGAGACGUGAGGACGUGAAGUCGACUAACGAGGAGGAAUGUUUUGCGUUUGAUGGGUUGUCGCUGAAGGAGUUAACAAGAGAGUAUCGGAUCCGACGGCAGCGUAUUCACGCUCAUCAGGCAGAAUUCGAGAAAGAGAACGGGCGUAGACCGGAUAGAACGGAAUGCGGACCGGUACGGAACGACCAGCGCGAGUACCACGUUCUCAAGCGACUCAUCAGAUCGGCUAAACGCACGACGGACGCGGAGAAAGACCAAGCGGACGACAGAGCGACGGACGCGGACAAGGUCGGCGCCGAAUCUGUGCCGCAGUCGCGAGACUUACCACCCACUUCUCCACCGGCGCAUGAAAUCGCAACUCACGACGGUACCUUGUCGGUCCACGACCUAACAACGUCGCUAUCCGUUAGCUCGGAGUUGUUGUCUCAAUUGAGCGGCGACGACAUGCAGCGGCUUAGUGCACUCGCUGUCACGAUGACAAAAUCCGAUGCCGACUUGGCACAGAAACGAGGCCUCAAACUCAGGCCGGACGAUCCGACGUCCAUGACGUUCGAGCAAUUGCGCGAGGAGAAGCAGAACGUGCAGCGUGCGCUGCUUGCGCUCGAAAAAUCAUACGGACGGCCGCGGAAUCAAGCGGAGAAGGACGUGACGCGACCGAUUUAUAAUCGUUAUCGACUGUUGAAGCAGAUUUUGACGGACUGGGAGCAGUCGGGUAUGCCGACGUCGUCGACGAUAACCGCUAUGCAGAUGGCGGAGGAAAAGAGGAAGGUGACGGAGAGACGUACGCUAAGCGUGCAAGAGCUGAAAGGCAGGACGUCGCCCAAGGAGUUGGCGGACAGCGGAAUACAAGCCGAUCGACGGCCGUCGACGGCGCAGAGCCAGUCGGGACGGUCGGACGAAUUGGCGUCGAGCGUCGACGCGCCGGCGCCGCUGGACUUCGUCAUCAGUCCGUCCGACGUUUUCUCGUCGACGUCUCCGGUCGAGAUGCUCUCGUCGUUGUCGACCGAGGAAUUACAAAGGGAACUGGAGAAGGAGGCGAAGAGAAAGAAGGAGCUGCGAGCGACGCUGAAGAAGUUCGAGAACAAGUUCGAAGAGACACACCGUCGCAAAGUCGCCAAGGGCGAUCGCUCGGCGAUGGCGAGCGAAUACGAGCAAUACAAGAAGGUGAAGUCGUCGAUGAAGCACAUUGAACGGCUACUGUGUGAGAAGGGUUUCACUGGAACGAAUACCGUCUAGUAGCAGAGUGACGGCAAUAAUAUGGUGUACCUGUAAUGUAUAGCAAGGCAUCUUUUUAGUACUGAAAUACGUUUACUGAAAAGAUACAGGAACGUUAUUCUUUUAGCGGAUUGAUACUACUGUAUACAUGUACUACAGACGCUAUUUGUAUCUA